UCGACAGCAAGCAACCUAGAAAAUGGCAGAAGUCGCUCCAGCGCCCGCCGCCCCGGCGAAAAGCAGCACCAAGAAGAAGACGGCGUCCAAGCCCAAAGCGUCGGGACCCAGCACCACUGAACUCGUCCUCGAAGCUGUGGGCGCGUCCAAAGAGCGCAAUGGCCUCUCCAUGUCCGCCCUCAAGAAAAUUCUGGUGAGCAAAGGCUACGACCUCGAGAAGAACAAAGUUCGUCUCAAGACUCUCAUCAGAAACAUGGUGGCCAAGGAGUUACUUGUUCAGACCAAGGGCACCGGCGCUUCCGGCUCCUUUAAGAUGAACAAGAAGUCCGACGCCAAGACACCGAAAGCGAAAGCACCCGCUAAGCCGAAGCAGUCUCCGGCCAAACCCAAGAAAGCUGCAGCUGCCAAGAAGCCUGCAGCGAGCAAGAAGCCCAAAACUACCGCAGCCAAGGCCACCGUCAAGAAAACUGCCAAGAAAUCCGUGUCGCCAAAGAAAGCCAAGAAGCCGGUCAAGAGCACCAAGAAGGCAGGGACCCCCAAGAAAGCCCCCGCGUCUAAGAAGCCGGUCGCCGCCAAGAAGGCCGCAGCCAAGAAGGCUUCCAAGCCCAAAACGGUCAAGAAAGCCGCAGCCAAGAAGAAGUGAAGUGUUUCAGCACAGCGUCACAUAAAAGGCUCUUUUAAGAGCCACCACCUUUCAUAUAAAGAGCACUCCUAAUCAUUUACGUCCGAUUCAUACAUAAAUAUUUGAACACACAAACUUUAAAUGAAAGUUAUUUGGAGGUAUGUUCCACGUUACAUGAGGUGACUUUCACAACAUUUGUGUAAAGUUAUUUUUAGACGUGUUCCAAGUGUUUUUAUGUACCAAAUGAUAAUUACUUAUUACACAUGUUAGAAAUUCCUCCCACCUCAAAAUAAUUGGAAGUAUAUAAAUAUGAAAGUUUGGCUGUAUUAGCACGAGAAUCUGCAUUGUUUUAGUAAUUUAUUGUGUUCACUGCUAGGGUUAAUCGUUUAUUGUCUUAACUGUGAUGCCUAUGUUUUACUUUUAUGAUUAUUACUUUAUUCAAGAUAAGAUAAGAUAUCCUUUAUUUGUCCCACAAUGGGGAAAUUUGCAGCCUGUGGUUGUUUUAAACGUGUUCUGUAAAUAAAAUUGAGUGUAUUUUUGA